AUGGCUGAUCCUCUCGUAUCCUCGAUUCAGGACAAUAAACUGACGACUCUCAAUCGAAAAAUCAUCGAGAUAAAGAAGAAGAUCCAGCUGUCUGAGGGGCAACGAAAAGCGAAUUUUGAGGAAUGCGAUGCUAAGAAACACGAGAGUUCGGAUAAACUUGGAAAUCUUAAGAAGGAGAUUAAAACGCUUCAGAUUAAAUACGCGAAAGCCAAAAAUAAUGAAGAAGCUGCGGAGAAGGUGGCACUCACAAGCCGCGAGUCCUCCGCCUGUGUGAGAAAACGUGGCCUGGAGCAGGCCAUUGCCAGAGUCGAUGAAGACAAUAUUCGAUUGCGAAAAAAACUCGAUCUCGUCAAGUAUGAGAGUGAUAAGCAACAGGACAGACUCUCCAAACUGCUCGGCGAGUAUGAGCAGUAUGUCAAUGGGAAGGUGCAAAAAUUUGUUGAGAGGAAAUUGGAUAAUCCGUUGAAAAAGAAAGUAAUAAGCCUGGAGAAUCAUUUGCAUCGAAUAAGUGUAAUGCAGAUGGAAGCGGACACUGUCCGCAAGAAAUACAGAUCAGUCAGAACGAGUCUCAAGUCAGACGCAGCCUUCUACGUGUCUCAAUUGAAGAAUCUGGAGCAGAGUAUAAAGGACCAAGAUGCCGAGAUAAAGCAGCUCCAGGAGGUUAAAACCGAAGCCGUCGACUUGAGGGACAUCACAAAGGAGACGCUGACGAAACAGGAGAUCGAGGCGAUGCAUACGAGUAAAGAGCGGGAGAACGUCAUUCUGGAUUACAGACAGCGGGUGGAGGACCGGCGAUUGGAGCUGGAGAGGCUCGAGAGGAUGAUAUUUCCUGCGGUCCGACUGCCGCCGAGGGAGGACGACUUCGAGGGUGUGGAAAAAACCGAGGGCUUGAGGACUGCGGUGGCUGACAAACCCAAGGAUGAAAUUACAUUUUUGGAGGAAGCCUUCGCGAAAUUGAGGAGUGCCACGGGGGUGACGAGAAAUGAUGACGUUCUCGACCGGUUUCUCGCACAACGCGCCACUAAGGAGAACCUCCAGAGGAUGAGGACGGUUACUGAGGACGAGAAAAUGGGGCUGGAGAAACAGAGGCAGAAGUUCACGGCUGAAAUCGAAAUGCAGAAGUUCUCGGAGACUAAAGAUGCUGAUCAAAAUGCCGAGGAACUUGCCCAACUGAACGAGCGAAUCGAAGGUGAAAUCCAACGUCAGAGUGCAGCUGAGGUGGAAAAGAAGCGGAUCCAGGGGACACUCAGCGAGGUAGCGAAGAUCCUAUGGAAAUUUUGUGACAGACUCAGGGACGUGAACGAGACAUUCGUUCCAAUGACCCCAGAAAACCUGGAAGAUCCGUAUUGCUACCUAAAACUCCUGGACGAGAAGAUGGAGUCGCUCAUUGAUAUGAUGGGCGGCCACGAGGAGUACAAUCAGUGGAUCCAGGAAACGUUCGUUGAUAAAUUCGAAACCCUAUCGACUGGAUCUGCAUCGGAGGCUGUUAAGGUAGUUGAUGCGGAGGCACGACCACUUUUUCCACGAUUCCCUGGUGCACCGACCCCAGCCGCGCAGCCCAUUCCAUCUGAGGACGAGGAGGAAGUGCCCACUCGAAGUGUUCUCAAGAGACAGGCACAAUUGCUUGUUGAUACCAAGAGCAGGAGGAAGGGAUUUAAUUUCAGGAGAUAACGCUCUUUUGUUUGGUGUUCGGAAGGAUUUUGUUUUCCUUGUUUUUCAUGACAGGUUUAAUAAAAAAAAUUGAGAAUGAGUCGCAAGGUUUUUUUGGCUACUCCUGACGAUGAUCAGGUCGAUGCGGAUUCUGGGGGUGAGGGUGGAGGUGACGAGAUCGUUGAA